AUGACGAAAGGAACGUCAUCCUUUGGAAAUCAUUGCAAUAAGACACACACACUGUGCUGCUACUAUGGCUCCAAGGCCUACCACCUUCAGAAGUCGACCUGUGGCAAAUGUGGCUACCCUACCAAGCGCAAGAGAAAGAAUAACUGGAGUGCCAAGGCUAAGAGGCAAAACACUACCAGGUCUGUUCAGAAGAGGCACCUAAAGAUUGUCUACCGAAGAUUCAGACAUGGAUUCCGUGAAGGAACAACACCUAAAUCCAAGAGGGUAGCUGUUGUAGCAUCCAGUUCAUCUUGAGGAUUUCAAUAG